AAGGAGGCGUGGCUGCGCGGGGCGUGGCGCGAGGCCGUGGCGCGGCGGCGGGCGGGGAGCGAUGCGCGCCGCGGCCUCACGGGCGGGAAUUUUCUUCCGGGGUGCGGCCCGCUCGGGGGGUUUCGCUUCCGGGACGGUGCUGCGGGCCCUUCCCACCCCCGCCAGGGGAAGGGGGCAAAAAAAUUUCAGACCUUCUUACUACAUCAGAAGAAAAAAGGAAGAUAACAAGAUAGCACCCCCAUUUCCUCCCCUCUGCAUGUUCCUCGUAACGUUACUGGGUUGUUCUCCUGCAACUGGGACAGCCAUGGAGAAGAGUGGGAACAUUCAGCUGGAGAUUCCUGACUUCAGUAACUCUGUCCUGAGCCACCUGAAUCAGUUACGCAUGCAGGGUCGCCUGUGUGACAUUGUGGUCAAUGUGCAGGGGCAAGCUUUCCGUGCUCACAAGGUGGUACUGGCUGCCAGUUCGCCCUACUUCCGUGACCACAUGUCCUUGAACGAAAUGAGCACCGUUUCCAUUUCUGUCAUCAAGAACCCUUCUGUUUUUGAGCAGCUCCUUUCCUUUUGUUACACCGGUAGGAUAUGUCUGCAGCUGGCCGACAUCAUCAGUUAUCUAACGGCCGCCAGUUUCUUGCAGAUGCAGCACAUCAUAGACAAAUGCACACAGAUACUUGAGGGAAUUCAUUUCAAAAUCAACGUGGCAGAGGUGGAAGUGGAAUUGAGCCAGACCAGGACAAAGCAUCAGGAGAGACCACCGGAGUCUCACCGGGUGACACCAAAUCUCAACCGUUCUCUGAGCCCACGUCACAACACCCCAAAGGGGAGUCGUCUGGGCCAGGUUAGCACCGUGCUGGACAUUCGGGAGCUCAGCCCACCUGAGGAGUCCACCAGCCCCCAGAUAAUUGAACAGAGUUCAGAUGUGGAAGGCAGAGAGCCCAUACUACGAAUUAACAGAGCAGGACAGUGGUACGUUGAGACGGGAAUGGGAGACCGCGGGGGACGGAGUGACGACGACGUCCGGGUGCUGGGAGGAGUGCGCAUUAAAACCGAGAACCUGGAGGAGUGGCUUGGGGCAGAGCAUCAGCCAUCGGGAGAAGAUGGGAGCAGUGCUGAGGAGGUCACUGCUAUGGUGAUCGACACCACAGGCCAUGGAUCGAUGGGCCAAGAGGCUUAUGCAUUAGGAUCCUCAGGUGCCAAAGUGGUCAGGCCAACCAGCAGUGAGAUUGAUAGAUUUAGCCCUUCUGGCAGCAUGGUUGCUGUGACUGAACGGUACAGAUCAAAAAGUGAGUCUCCCGGGCGGAUGGAUGAGCCUAAGCAGCCCAGUUCCCAGGGGGAGGAAUCAGCCAUGCUGGGAGUGAGCGGUUAUGUGGAAUAUCUCCGAGAGCAGGAGGUUUCAGAGCGCUGGUUCCGGUACAACCCACGGCUCACUUGUAUUUACUGCGCCAAAUCCUUCAACCAGAAAGGCAGCCUGGAUCGGCACAUGCGUCUCCACAUGGGCAUCACACCUUUUGUCUGCCGCAUGUGUGGGAAGAAGUACACCCGCAAGGAUCAGCUGGAGUAUCACAUCCGCAAGCACACAGGCAACAAGCCCUUUCAUUGCCAUGUCUGUGGCAAAAGCUUCCCUUUCCAGGCCAUCCUCAACCAGCACUUUCGCAAGAACCACCCUGGCUGUAUGCCUCUGGAGGGGCCUCACAGCAUCUCCCCUGAGACCACGGUCACGUCUCGGGGGCAGGCGGAAGAAGAAUCUCCUCCACAGGAGGAGGCUGUCGCUGUUGUGGAGACGGCACAGGGAUCUGUGUCCACCACUGGGCCAGAUUGAAACACAGCUGCAGAGUCUGGGGAGAAAGGACUGUCUUCCCAUUUCUGGCUCUAAAGUACCCGGCAGGCUGGUACUGUAAUUAGUGCAAUGCCACCACUGGACAGAAGGAAGCUCCCAAGAUGUUGCCAAAAUAGAAAAAUCUUUCUCUCUCUCUCUCUCUCUCUUUCUCUUUCUCUCACACACCCCCACACACACACGUAGAGUGUUGAAAGUUUUUCUCCCUUAUUCCUCCUCCUCUUGGAGAAAAACAGAACAACUGUGUCAAUCAACUUCUUAUUCAGGGAUCGACAGGAUUUUACAUUUUUUUAAUGUUCCAUAGUGAUCUGAGACGAGCAGUCAUUUGUAUUUCUCAACAGCAUUUUGGCCUAGCAGCUGGGGCCCGCUGGCAAUGCUGGCAUCAGCCAUGCAGACCCAGUGGGCCUAGUGUGCAGGGCUGUUCUUUGCCAUAUCUGCUGGUCCAGCUCAAGGGGGGAUCAGGGGUAAGAUGCCAUUGCCUUUCUCCCUUCCCCAGGUAGCUGCCAUGUUAAAGAAAACAAAAAGACUGUCCUGGUGGAACCUGCCUUGCCCGAGUGCAUUUUCCCUGUCUUAUUUUUGGUGUGUCUCUUUACAUUUUUACUUAAACUAUUAUUUUAGGGCUCUUGGCUUGCCCCUUCCAGGCGUGUGGCCUCAAAGCCCCUUGUUAAAAGUGGGCAUGACUAUAAAGCAGUAUUCUAGAGGUCAGCAAAAUUUUAAGCGCUUCGGCUACUGAAAGUGAAAUUUAGCAGCUCUGAGGUUUGCAUUAGACUCUGAUGCAUUGGGAGAAGGGUUGGAGGGGUCUUUCUGAGGAGGUUGUCCUUUGCUGUUGCUGAUCUGGAGAGUUCAGAGCACUCUGACGUCCUGACUGGUGCCUGCUUCAGGUGUUGCCGAGCGUUAGGAAGAGUUUUUCAGGACUGGCUGAAUUGCGGAGUUAGAGGCUGGCUACCAAAGUCGUCCUUCACCCCUACUCCUCCCUCAAUACGCACUUGAUCUUUUAUAACAGCAAUAUGGUAUACUGAAAUACUAUUGUCCCAGCCAAGCAAUCCUGGGUGGUUGCUUUUAAAUGUGUUUCUACAAACCAGUUUGAUAACUUUUUUAUCAAUGAAGUGCAAAAAGAAAAAAAAAAAACUAUUUCCUUGUAACAGUUCAGGAAACUUUAAAGUGAAUGGUUCCUAGAGCAAUCACAACUCUGUCCUCUUGCAUGGACUUAAACUUUUGUAUUCUAAGCAGUUCUGAUGUUUAGAGCAAGUUUAGGCCGGAGAGACAUGCCUGCGUUGUGUAUUGUAGGUGUUUGCACGUGCUUACGUGUUUCAUAAAUGGAAAAGCAUGGGACAGGUAAAUAAGUGCAAAUAUCUUGACAUCUUUUGAAGAAGUCUUUUAAAAAAUAUGCAAUACUCUAAGAGUUUUCUCUGGUUCUGAUGCUGAGUUGUUCAUGAUGCAGGGGGGAAAUGAGCAACAAGUUGCGCAGAUGGGGUUUGGGAGAGGAUGUUUGGUUUAAGGAGCUCUUUUGAGGGUGUAUAAUGUGUACAAUAAGGAAGGAUGAAGUUCUGAUCCUUAAGUUGAUGGGAGGAACAGAGACAUUGAAAAAGAAAUACACUUCAUCUUGCUUGGGCAAAGCAAGCCUGGCAAGCAGUUAGAGCAUGGGCUUGGCAGGCAGGAGGAGACUUACCAAGUGAAAAUAAAGCUUGCCUGCAGGCUGACUGCACAACUUUGGGCACAUGGAAACAUCUCCAGCCCUUGCUUUCCCCAUCUGAAAAUUGGAACACAGGAUCAUUUUCCUGCCCCUUUAGAGGGAUGAAUUUGGAGAAGGGUAAUGUAUUCUUGCCUCACUUCAUAUAUUUUUCUCUUUUAUAAGUGACGGCUCUUACUGUUCCUCCCAUGUCUCUCCAAAAUCAGAUGUGGUUGUAAUGGACUUGUGUGGGGGGAAGAGAAAGGCUUAGUGCCAGGAUCAUGUGUAACAGGGAUGUGCUGCUAAGAGAGGAACCUUUGCAGGUGUUCUUAGCUGAGCAUCUGGAAAGUACAAUUUCCUUGCCCAUUUCAAAGAGGAAAAAUUGUAUUUCAUCUCCAUUUUUCUUCUGUCCCUUCUUCCUCCUCUCUUGUCAUGUGCAUCGUCACACAGUGAAUGGUUUUCUAAGCGGCCACCUGAGGGACCAGCCCCACUGGGUUUCCUGUCGAAGGUCAAACAGGAUUGUACCGAAACAGUAAGGUUGCCAGAGAGCAGUCACAGAAGAGGAGAUAAGAGGGUGGCUAAGGUAGGUUUCAUUGCAAUCGAGGUGUGGGGAGGAGCGGAGACGUGCCGAGUAUGCUGCUUUAGUCAUAGCUUUUGAAAUUACCAAAAAUCAAAAAGAAAAAAGUUAAAAACUUUGAAAUCCUAUCCUGUUCACACUAGAAAGCAUCAAAAGUUACUUUUAGUUGCUUAAAAGAUUUAAGUGUUUUAAAAUAGAAGUUUUAAAAGAAUACUACCAAACUAUAAAAACAUAAAAUUAUUUAUAUACAUAUAUUAUAUAUAAAUAUAAUGGAAAAGUUUCCCUGCUAAGCUUGCUGUGAAGAGAAGGGUGAAGGUGCAGUAAUUGCUACACAAGCAACAUUUUUCUGAAACAGAUGGCAACCAAUCCAUCAAAGCAUAAUGCUGAAGGGCUGACAUAAAAUGGUGAAUGCCUUUAUUUAUUUGGCACAGCUUUGAGUUUCUUUAGCAGGUUUUUGUUUUACUGUAUCGAUACUGUGAACGGAAGAGCAUCCCAAGAGUCCAGGAUGCCAGUGGUGCAUUCUGUUUUGCUGAUUCACUACUUUCAAUUGGCCUGGUGAAAACCAUGGAAUCGGUCCUUCAUAUUACACUAGGCUAGUCUGAAAACAAAGCUUGUGAAAGGUUUUUAUUUCUUUUUCUUUUAUGGGUUGGGUGGGAUUUUUCGUUUGGGGUUUUUUUGGUGCAAAGGUUGCCACUGUAUAAAUGAUCAUUUCUGAUUGCAUGCAAAAGAGCCAAUAUUCUUGCCUGGGCCUCACUGAGGUGAAGUUUAUAGCUUGUAGCUAGAGUCAGUAUAAGGUAUGGUAGUGGGAAUCAUUUUAAUAUUAUUUCUGUACCUUUAAUGGAUGUGUAUGUGUAUGUAUGUGUGGGAAUCAUGGUGUUUCUAGUGUUUUCUUGAACAGUGCUGAAAGCAGUUUAGGCCCAUCCGUGCUAGGAGAUGGAACCAGUUCAGAAGGAAUUGUUUAUUAAACUUUUCUUUCAGUGGCUGACUUCCUCAGUGCAGAUAAGGCCAAGGUUCAAGAAAAAAAGGGGGUGGAGGUUGUAUACGGUAUGAGAAAACCUCAUGUGAAAUUUCUGGCAGUGGAGCUGCUUUCCAUAACAAAAUGAUAACCGUCUUCUGUUGCCUCUCCACUGGCACACUUUUGUAGCUCUUUACAGUUGCAUCAAAGCUGUAGAGAAUCACAUGCCAACUUUCCAAGUGUAAAUGCUUCUGUGAUGGGUUGAGGCACAGCUUUGCAUUUCCACGUCUAGCUGCAGCUUUUUCCCCUCUGCUAAAACUGUGAUUUCAACUGUGAUUUAAGGAGGAUGUGAAGAGAACUCUGUCAUAUUUUAAUACCUCUGUGUGUAACAUUUCUGUCCGCUUCAGAGUUAGGGCUUACUAACCCAUUUGUUUGCUUGCCUCAGGCAACAGGGGGAACACACUCUAUUUCUGCAGUUUUGUUUCUUGGAGGAGAACACAUUUCUUAGUUCUUUGCUGUGUCAGAGAAACCUUUCAAAUGUGAAUCAUUGUGGUUAUCUCCUUAAGCCUGCAGAAAGCCCUGGUGCCAAGUCACAGCAUAGUGAUGUGACGGUUGCCGUGGCCAUUCCCUGCUGCUGCCAGGCUCCCUGUGAAUAGCUGUGAAAAUAGCAAGAAUUGUGUUAAUACUGUGCUGCUGCUUUGGGGAAAAGCUAAAUCUCAUCCUCUCAGGAGGAUGACUGAUGUGAAGCUGGGAAAGGGAAAAAGCAGAAGGUCUUUUUGCUGUCUUACAGUGGGAGUGUGUGAAAGCAAACUAUGCUUCUUAUUUCCAGCAGCUAGUUAGAGAGGGAUGAGCGAGGAGGCUUUAUGAAAUGUGAAUUUAUAACAGGAGGCUGAGAACACACUUAAAGCCGCUUAAUAAGAUCCCAGGAUAUCAGCCUGGUCAGAGCAGCCAAUGUAGAAGGGCAGGCCGUCACUUGUCCUCCCAGCAUUGUCUGGCCAUCAGGUUCAGUCCUUUGACUUACCCACAUCUUUCCUACAAUAUUUUCAAGCUGUGAUUUAACUUCCAGAAGUUUGGGUGGCUGAAGGGCAGGAAGAAUAGAAAGUGUUUUGUAUCUCUGCUGCUGUUUUAAUUCCAGCUGAGGUCAGUAGCAGCUGCCUCUGUUCCUAUCUGACAGCUCUUCAGAGCUGAAAUUGCAUUUGGAACAAGCUGUGAUCUUGCUGUGAAGCAUAGCGGAGCAGGCUUGGUGGGGAGGGUACAGAGCCCUCUGAGAUCAAGAGCAGAUCUCCCUGCCUGUCCUGCUCUUGUUCUGUGACAGCUAGGUGACUGUUUCAGGGAAACACACUUCCCACACCUUUAUGCAAUAGUACUGUCACUUAAAAGUUUGAUGCCCAUUUCAGUAGAUGAUUCUAAGCAGUCUGGUCUUCCAGCAGAAUCCUUUUGCUGUCUUCAGGUGAUGCAACCCUAAUAAUGCAUUUCCAAGAGCAGAGUUGUAGCUUUUAUUUGUUGUUGACUUCAUCUCUCCUUCAGAGCCAAAUGCAUAAAUAAAAAGACACCUGAAAAGGUGCAGUUUAUUUGGGUGGAAGGUAGCAUGUGAGGUAGACAGUCAUGCGUCUUUAAAACCAACAAAAAUUGGCACCCCUUAAACUUGUUAUUUCAACUUUAUAAAAAUUCUACUCUUUGAUGCAUAACAUGCUUGCCUUACCAGCAUCCAGGUGUUUCUGCAGAUGAGUAACACCAAAUGCUGUUCUUGCUCUACCGGAAAUAUUUUGGGAUGGGAGAAUUCAAGGAGCUGUAAUUCAGGAGACUUCUAAUUUUUGUCAAGGUGUGGGCUCUGAGUUUCCCCUGGGAGCUGAGCCCAUAGCCAGGACUACAGUCAGAAAGUUUGGAGUCUUCCAAUGGAGCUGCCACUGACUGCCAGCAUAGCCUCAUCUCAGAGAUGAGCAUUAUGUGUAUCACAGGGUGAGAUCCAUGCACAGAGCUUUGACGUCUUCAGUGAAAGGUCCUAAAGAGGAGCCAGUUAUCUUUAUGUCAAUUGUUAUCAUUCAAAGCAUAUUUUAAUAUAAUACAUACAUAUGUAUGUAUAUGCAUUUAUAUAUAAAUAUAUAUAUUUGUAACCAAAUAAAAGCUAGACCUAUGCAAAUGCUACUAGCUGCUGCUUGAAACUAAUGUCUACCAGAACAUUUUGGAAUAGAUUUGGAGUAGAUUUGUUGGGUUUUGUUGGUGGUUCUGUUGUUCGUUUUGUUUUUCAAUAAAAUGCAGCAGACCAAAGUUUUGCUGCAGUUAGUCUUACUAGAAAUUUAGGUUGUUCUUAAUCUGGAGCCCACUCGAAUGGGUUAUAAAAUUAUCUGAAGAGUCCUACCAUCUCUAAAUAAUUUCUCUCUGCCUUGAUAUUAUUGCUGAAAGACUUUCUUUUGUGAAACAUAGGUAAACACAGAGGCUGAGACUAGGAGAGACUGAAUGUGAUGUUUGGGAGAUAACUAGAAGAGAAGUAGAAUCAAGAAGAGACUGGGAACGUUUUCUUUUGGAUGUAGGAUUGCAUUGGCUUCAAGGAAUCUUCCUCUGUGUGAAAAUGUCACUGAGAUAGAGGCAGUGAUUGAAGCAUCUCUGGGUUGAAUUCUGGUCCCGGUGGAGGUACCAGAAAUCUUCCCACUGAAUCUGAUGGUACCAGAGUUUAGUCUGCUGGGAGAAAUUUCAUGUGGUUUCGACCAUUUCUUUGUGUCAGAUCCAAUCUUUGCUUUUAGGAUUAACUACAAUAUAUCCAGCUGUAAUCUUCAGUGCCCUUUGACUUUCUAUUCCUGGUACUGUAGAAAAUUCAGGUUUCCUGUAACAUUAUCCUUAUCCCAACUGUGAACAAGUUACUACUGCUUCUUAUAAUUUAUUGUCUUUCUGUUCCUGAACGUCUGUGUGAUUGAGCUGUUCACCAGCACCACCUUCCAAUGCUUCAUGAGCUUUUAUGCACAGGGAAUUGUUGCAAUGCUUAGGUUGACCAUGCUAGUUGGAAGAGUAGAAGCCUUUGGAAAACGACUUCUGCUUCCUCUAGCUGUCAUUAGGGAGUGCACACACACAUAUCUGUAUAUACAUAUAUAUGUAUACAUAUAUAAAGUAUUUCAAUAUAAACUCAUUUAGCAUUAUUCUUAUUUAAUUUAUAUUUUAAUCCAAUUGUAAACCAAAGUAUUACAGCUUGUGAAGUGAUGUGUCUCAGAAAUAGGAGGAGACUUUUUAGACAGGAGCUCUGAAAGAACUUUGCUGACAAAAGCGCAGAUACGAAUAAGACUUAAGAACUCGUGCUGCUGAAUCCUAGAGAUUUGCAUCCUUGGAAGGAUUUCAGACCUACUAGGUUAAGUUUGAUGGUGGGAAGGCAGUGUGGGUUACCAUUUUAAAACAAUGUUUUGGGGCUUUUUUUGUCAUCCAGUAUUACUUGGUAUUUGAGGAAUUGCUACAAGAGCAGUAUGGCGGGGCAUCUGAUUGAAAUGAGGCGAGUGGUUAAAGCAUGGUUAAAGCUAAGAAAGCGAUGCCGUGUAGUCUCAUUUGCUUCUUGUGUCUUUCGAUCACAGAUCUGGAUGGGGUUGUGCCAUGUUCAGCUUCGGGCAUCUCCAUGCUCCCUUCUCGAACAUCCCUGUAGGGAGCUGCUCAGGUGGUAGUUUGAGUGAGUGCAUUAAAAGCACAACUCGGUGGUGUUUCUACUGCUGGGCUUUUCAUCAGAAUCACUCUGGAGUCUCUGCCAUCCUCCUGUGCCUGGUCACAAAACCUGGGGUUUCUGCCCUGCCUCUUGAACUGGGAUCCUUUAAGGAAGCACAGGGACUUGCCUGCUAGAAUGCCUCAAGGAAAUACCCUGUAAGGGAAAGUAUGGCAGGAAUUUAGGUGUGGGUUUGCUGUAUGUGCUCUAACAUGGAUCUAAAGUGAUUUUCUGUGGUCUUCUGCCUGACCCUUCCUUGUAAAUGCAGGCUUUGGAUGGAUUUUUGUAAACAUGCAUAGAAAAGAUGGGACAGGCUGUUUCAGUGCUACCACUGCUUCUGCCUGUGUCCCCUUUAGCUCACUGUUUCUUGCUGUAGUAUCUGAUAAGGGUUGGAGCUGAGAGGUGUUUGUUAAGAUGGAGUAUAGUGGGCACCAGACCAGGUGCUCCUGGGCCUUGGCUCAUCUGUGCUGUCAGAGCAACUAAAGCUCUGAACCCAUGAGGCAGGGUUCAGGGCCUUCUUAAGACUUGGGAGAUUGCAGAGUUUUCCAAAGUACUGAAUGGUUUUGUAGGAAAAUAAUUAUGUUCUGGCAAGCCUAGAAAUAAAAAGGGAGAAGAAAGCAAAUCAGACUGUACUCUGGCAAACUGAAGCUAGAGAGAGGAAGCCACACAAACAGCCACUGAUGUAUUUAGUGUCUAAUUUAUAGUUCUAGAAAACCAGACACUGCUAUUUACUGAUAUCUAGAAGUGGUUGGGGUUUUUUUUUAGUGACUUCUGUGGAGGUGCACGUUCUGCUGUCACCAAUGGGAUGAAAAAAUGGGUUCAAUAUAAAAUCUUGCUGAUUCUUCUGUGCCAGGGCGUAAGUGCCUUUCCAAGGAAUUAACAAACACUAAGAACAAAUUCACCUCUUAAGUCUCC